GCUGACUUGACCGGUCCGUGGACGCCUUAGAAGGUUCGGGGGAGUUCGAGCCUUUGUGGAGCCUCAGGCCGAGGGCCUGUGAGCAGGUCAAAAAUAAUCAAAAGAAGAAGAGAAAGGAUGUGAAGUUAGAGCAGGAAACACUGAUUUGUGUUGGCCAAGUAGAGGAGUUCCUGAGCUGAUUCCCUGCUAUUCUAGGUCCUAGUGAACCCAGGACUCUCUUACCUGCUGAAGAAUGGCUACUGGCUGGCAGAAGCUGGGCUCUUCUGCCUGGCUCUUGAGAAGACAAUUGCAUGCUCUGACAGCCAUCAGCAAACGGGGAAGGAGGGUAACACCAGUCUGUGUCCGAAGCAUUUAUAGUGCCACGGGGAAGUGGCCGAAAGACUACACACUCCAGACAAGAAAGGAUGUUGAGAAAUGGUGGUAUCCUCGGAUAAAAGAUCAGGCCUCGAAAACUUCUGAAAUGGAUAAGUCAAAGCCCAAGUUCUACGUGCUGUCCAUGUUCCCUUAUCCUUCUGGCAAGCUGCACAUGGGCCACGUCCGUGUCUACACCAUCAGCGACACCAUUGCACGCUUCCAGAGAAUGAGAGGCAGGCAGGUCAUCAAUCCCAUGGGAUGGGAUGCGUUCGGACUGCCUGCCGAGAAUGCCGCUGUAGAGAGGAAUUUACAUCCAGAAAGCUGGACCCGAAGGAACAUCGAACACAUGAGGGGUCAGCUGGACCACCUGGGCCUGUGCUUCAGCUGGGAUCGAGAAAUUACCACGUGUUUGCCAGAUUACUACAGAUGGACACAGUACCUAUUUAUUAAACUCUAUGAAGCUGGGCUGGCCUAUCAAAAGGAGGUAAGUUCAAAUCAGGAUCCCCAGAACCAAAGCAGUAUAAGUAACCGUACCACUAGCUUCACAUGUCCCGACACCUUUGGUGCCUCCACUAAGUGCUGUCUACUUCUCUUCCUCUUCUCUUUAUUCUCACAGGCCAUGCAGGAUGGGCUGGCAGACCUUCCCGAGUGGUAUGGCAUAAAGGGCAUGCAGGCCCACUGGAUCGGGGACUGCGUGGGCUGCCAUCUGGACUUCAUGUUAAAGGUGGAUGGCCGAGACACUGGAGAAAAGCUCACAGCAUACACAGCCACCCCUGAGGCCAUAUAUGGUACCUCCCAUGUGGCCAUUUCUCCCAGCCACAGACUCCUACACGGGCACAGCUCUCUGAAGGAGGCUUUUCAGAAGGCCUUGGUACCUGGCAAAGAUUGUCGCACACCGGUGAUAGCCAUGAACAUGCUCACCCAGCAGGAGGUCCCUGUCAUCAUUGCGGCUGGAGCCGACUUAGAAGGCUCUCUGGAUUCAAAAAUAGGGAUUCCUAGCACCAGCCCAGAGGAUGCUCUCCUAGCCCACGCAUUGGGCCUGUCCUACUCAGAAGUCAUCGAAACCCUGCCAGACGGCACAGAAAGACUGUGUUCCUCGGCUGAGUUUACAGGCAUGACUCGCCAGGAGGCCUUUCUAGCCGUGACGCAGAAAGCCCGAGGGGAGAGAGUGGGCGGAGAGGUGACAAGUGACAAGCUGAAGGACUGGCUGAUCUCCCGCCAGCGGUACUGGGGCACACCCAUCCCCAUUGUCCACUGCCCAGCCUGCGGUCCAGUGCCCGUUUCCCCGGAGGACCUGCCCGUGACCCUGCCCCGCAUCUCGUCGUUCACUGGCAAGGGCGGCUCGCCCCUGGCUACAGCUUCCGAGUGGGUGAACUGCACCUGCCCAAGACCCUUCAGCCGGGCGUUGGCAGACUACUGGAUGCCAGUGGAUUUGUACAUUGGAGGAAAAGAGCAUGCUGUCAUGCACUUGUUCUAUGCAAGGUUCUUCAGUCAUUUUUGCCACGAUCAAAAAAUGGUCAAACACAGAGAACCAUUUCACAAGCUACUGGCCCAAGGCCUCAUCAAGGGGCAGACCUUCCGCUUGCCAUCGGGACAGUACCUGCAGAGAGAGGAGGUAGACUUCACAGGUUCUGUUCCUGUGCACGCCCAAACGAGAGAGAAGUUAGAGGUGACGUGGGAGAAGAUGAGCAAGUCCAAACACAACGGCGUGGACCCCAAGGAAGUGGUCGCCCAGUACGGGAUCGACACUAUUCGCCUCUACAUCCUCUUUGCCGCCCCUCCCGAGAAAGAUAUCCUGUGGGAUGUGAAGACCGACGCCCUUCCUGGGGUGCUAAGAUGGCAGCAACGUCUGUGGUCCCUGACAACCCGGUUUCUAGAGGCCAGGGCUGGAGGCAUGGAGCCCCAGCCUCAGCGGCUGAGCAGUAAGGAGAGAGCCGAGGCCAGCAGAAUCUGGAAGUACAAGAAUGCUGUCAUUUCCCAGGUGACUUCCCACUUUGUGGAGGACUUCUCUCUGAAUUCUGCAAUUACUCAGUUGAUGGGACUUAGUAAUGUGCUCUUGCAAGCCUCUCCGAAGAUCGUCGUCCACAGCCCUGAGUUUGAGGACGCCCUGUGUGCCCUGCUGGUAAUGGCUGCUCCCAUGGCUCCCCAUGUUACCUCCGAGCUCUGGGCAGGUCUAGCGCUGGUACCCCGGAAACUGUGUGAGCACUAUACUUGGGAUACUGGGGUGCUACUUCAGACUUGGCCCACUGUGGACCCAGAGUACCUUCAGCAACCUGACAUUGUACAGAUGGCUGUCCUGAUCAACAACAAAGCCUGCGGCAAGAUCCCCGUGCCCCAGCACGUAGCUCAGGACCCGGAUAAAGUGCACGAACUUGUCCUGCAGAGCGAUCUGGGCGUUAGGCUCUUGCAAGGGAAAUGCAUCAAGAAAGCUUUCCUCUCGCCCAGGACCGCCCUCAUCAACUUCCUGGUGCAAGAGUAACCCCGCAAAGGGGGAAGCCCAGAGGAGCCUCCUUCGUUCCGGGCCAGCUCCAAGAAAAAGGAAAAGUCACGUGUCUUGGAUAUUGCCCUGGCCCCAGGAUGGAGGAGAGACAACAGAGUGCCUGUGGAAUGUGGCCUGGUGGAGGAGAGAGGCUGGCUGUGGGCAAAGGAGAAAUGGAGCAGAGGUUACGCAGCCAUCCCUUGGUCGCCUUCCUGGUCAGGAUAAGGAAGCUGUCCAACGUGAUCAGAAGAUACCAGGAUGCUAUGGGGAAGGAGAAGAGACGUGAUCGAGGGUUGGGACUCCUGAGCAGCCAGAAGCCUCUAGAUCUCAGUGAUAGCGCUGCCUUCUCUCUGGACUCCUCAAACCCAGGGAGCUGCUGGACAGUCAUACCAAGCCUCCUGAGGCUGGGGGCUGAUCUGCCAGCUCUCAGGCUACUAUUCAGGUCACAGACAAACAUCCAGUGUGAACAAGUGGACACGCCGGGCCUUCAGAAGUUACUCUGGCCCAGCAUUGGUAGCUUAUACUUGUAAUCUCAGCUACUCAGGAGGCUGAGACCUGAGGCCUCAAAGCC